AUGUCCAAGGGGCUUCUCCUUCUCUGGCUGGUGAUGGAGCUCUGGUGGCUUUAUCUGACACCAGCUGCCUCAGAGGAUACAGUAAUAGGGUUUUUGGGUCAGUCGGUGACUUUACCUUGUCACUACUCAUCCUGGUCCCAGAGCCGCAACAGCAUGUGCUGGGGCAAAGGUACAUGUCCCAAGUCCAAGUGCAACGCGGAGCUUCUCCAUACAGACGGAACAAGAGCCAUCUCCAGGAAGUCGAGAAAAUAUACACUUAAGGGGAACAUCCAGUUUGGUGAUGUGUCCUUGACCAUCGAAAACACCAAUCAAGGUGACAGUGGGGUGUACUGCUGCCGUAUAGAGGUGCCUGGCUGGUUUAAUGACGUCAAGAAGACUGUACGUCUGGAACUGAGGAGAGCCACAACAACCAAAAGACCAACAACAACCACCCGGCCAACCACCACCCCUUACAUGACCACCACCCCAGAGCUGCUUCCAACAACGGUCAUGACUACACCUGCUCCCACAACUACAGCACCACCCCAUACAUUGGCCACCACUGCCUUCAGUACAGCAGUGACCACAUACCCCUCAACAAUAUCUGGCUCCUUCUCACAAGAAACCACAAGUUUUCCAACCACAGAGAUCUUCACAAAAGGGUCCACCAUCACUGCAGAAUCAGAAACUCUUUCUGCAUCCAAGCUCUCUCAAAGAAGCAUGAUGACCAUAUCUACAGACAUAGCCUUAUUCAGGCCCACAGGGUCCAAGGCAUGGCUUCGCCCAUCAACUUCACAACUGGCAAUACAGAAAAUAACAUCAGUGACAAAGGCUACACCGAAGACAGCUAGAACACACCAGAUCAACAACAAACAGACCAGCAGCUUGAUCAUUGCCUGCUGUGUGGGAUUUGUGGUGAUGGUGUUAUUGUUUCUGGCGUUUCUUCUUAGAGGGAAAGUCACAGAAGCCAAUUGUUUGCAGAGACACAAGAGGCCAGACAACACUGAAGAUAGUAAGAGCGUCCUCAAUGACAUGUCACAUGGGAGAGAAGAUGAAGACGGGCUCUUCACUCUCUGACUUGACACCUUUACUUAAGAUUAAGCAUAGGGGAUGGCACUUGAUUUGUCAAAACAAGUUUGGGGACAUUAUAGUUUUCUUUAAAAGUCUCACUCUGUUUACUGA